CUAUGCAGCCUAACUCGGUCAUGAGGACCGGGGUGGGAGAUUGUCCAAGUUAAUGAAAUGAAGAGGAAGGAGCAGAGAUCAGAGCUCUGCAGCUGCAUGAACCUGCUUUUAAACGUUAAGCUAAAAAAAAAAAAAAACAGUUUAUUGAUUCUGGAAGAUCUUCUGAAAGUCACUGAUAGGAACUGAAGAGUCGACCGGCAGGAGGAUUUUCUCCCUGUGACACAGAAACAGUGAUGCUGGGCCCUCUGCUGCUCCUGUCCUUAUUUCCAGCUGUGGUUCCCCUCUUCUGUUACACCUGUGUCUUCCCCACCAUCUCACCUCUGGAUUGCAUCAGAUUCCCCCUGAAGUGCCCACCUGGGCAGCUCUGCCUGUCCAGCCGAGCAGUGGGUGAGAAAGGGGACUUCCGUGUGGUUCUGUACGAGAAGAGCUGCGUCCUGCCCUCCCUGUGCGGACUCACGGCUGAAAAACAUGACCUGGGACUCAACGUCACCUUCACCUUCACCAAUGAAUGCUGCAGCACUCACCUGUGCAACGGAGCUGCUGCCCCCUACUGGACGGGGACAUUAUUCACGCUUCUCACUGUAUACUCAGUUUGGUGA